AUUCAUUUUCACUUUUUUUCAUGUUGCGGAGGAAUGUAUAAUUACUGUUGCUCCAGCUCCUAACUCUACAGUGACUUUACAGACCCCUAACUGGUACGAGGGACUGCCAGAAACUGUAUCUGUCUCAUGGUGAUGCCUUCUAAGCAAUUUGGGAAGUUAGCAUUUGCAAAAGACAGAAUGGCCAUUAUAUGUGAAACUGGACGUGCAUUUAUUAACAUAAAGGAACAGAAGUCUGCUGGGCCAGAUAUUGUUUUGAAAGAUUAUGAUACCCUUCCCAGCUCCAUUAAUCUUUUCUAUCCUUUCUGGCUUAACAUCUCUAACUGUAAGCCUAAGGUCUGGUCCAAGAAGCUUCAGAUACAGUUUUCUGUUAUGUUUAUCCAAACUGAAUCAGACCUGACAACAAUAUUAAUUGCAGCUUGUUCUGCUAUUGCAGCAGUUAUUUUCAUUAUUGGAGUAGCUGUUUACUGUGUCAGAAAAAAAGACACUUCUGGUUUGGCCAGUCCAGAGGCAAAUGUGGAUGUGUACCAGCCAUUUCAAGGCCCUAUGGGUGAACCUCCUCCUGUUCCACCACUUAAUCGUAUCAACAAAGAUAAAGAGUUGAAUAUUGAAUUGAAUAUACCAGCGACACAUUCUCCACCUCCCAACUAGCAGGGUGAAAGCAGGUUUUUUACAUGUAUGAUUUGGUAGCAGGAUCAUAGCCAUUUAUUACACUUCAACUGUUACUUCGCUAUGUUGCUUUGAUAUUUUUGUUGUCAUUUGAGGCUUACAAACUAAUAUGGACUUUGGACUCUUCAUCAGUGAAGGAGCUCGUUAUAUACCCCCCUUUGCUAAAGGGUACCCCCUCCACUGAUGAGAAUAGAUACUACACUUGAUCUUGGCCAAAAGGCAGAGAAGCAAUAGAAAUCGGUACACCCAAAAGAUCCAACACCUAAGCACAUGAAAAUGAAUGUGGUCUAUACUGUCCAUUGUAGUGAAGAGUGCUCAGAUAUAUACAUUGGGGAGACAAAACAACCAUUCAGUAAGAGAAUGGCCCAACAUAGGACGGCAAACUCCCCAGGACAAUACUCAGUAGUCGAUCUAUAUCUAAAGUAAAAGGGACACUCCUUAGAGGACAAAUUUUAGACCAAGAUGGUUUGAAAGAUAUAUGAAUGGGGGCCAUUUAUGCCAAAGUGGAAAAACCAUCCCUGAACAGAGGAAGAGGCCUGAGACAAUGCUUGUCAUCAACAUACAAUGUCGCUUUUACAUCCUUACCCAGCGGUUUCAUAACAAUUCACGCUUCCAGUCAUGUACAUUGAAAAAUUAACACCUGAUCAACGUACCAUUGUGACUGGAUCACACUUUCACACAUCUGUGAGUUUCAGCCAACACCAUCUAAAUAAAGUUCAAUGGAAGCAUUGUGA